GGCCACUUAUUUCUGCAAGCUGGCAACGUCUUUGAACUUUUACAGAACGAAACGACAAAUGCAAAUAUUAUUAGUAAAGUUAAUAUUAAUUGGAAAGCCAUGAAAUAAAAUAAAUAGAACGAACAAACGAGUACCCUGCCAUGAUUGCAGCGCCGACAACAGCGUCAAAGGCGAACGCCCACUUCGAGGACAAUCUCAAACUGGCGCAGGCGAAGGAUGAGGUCAAUGGAAAAGUGGCGCCAGCAGCACACACACACACACACACAGACACGGCCACAACCCCACCUCCAAGUCCACCCCCAACUAUAAGUACUCCCAUACCCGCCGAAUUGCAACCCGCAUACCACAAACUGUACGGCGAUUGCAGGGAGCAUGCCGCAUACUUCGCCAAGGAUCCCACGGAGUAUGGACAACGCUUGCAUGCCGCACACAUUGCCUGGCAGGAUUUCAUAGUGCUGGCCAAUCGGCUGGUCCUGCAAAUCGAUGCCUUUGCCCACGAGUAUGACUUUGAUGAGAGCACGCCGGGCAAUGGAUAUCGUAGUUUCAUCUAUGUGACCAACGCGUGCAUCUCACAUGGACGCAGUAUAUGCCAACAGUUGCUGGCCACCCGGGCCACACUCUUCUUUCGCAAGAAGUUCUACAUGAAGGAGGUGGAGGCUUGUUCCCAGCUGCUCUGCUCCCUGUGCACCUGUCUGCAAUAUCUACUGAUCCUGCGACAGUGGUCAACGACGACGGGGGAUCUGUUUGCCAGCGGAAAGCAUACGGCCGAGCAGCUCUUUGAGCUGGGCGACACCAUCAAUCAGUAUUGUUUCUAUGGACGCUGCUUGGGCUUUCAAUAUGGUGAUUCCAUACGUGGUGUGCUGCGUUUUCUGGGCAUUGGCAUGGCCAGCUAUUCGGAAACCUAUUACUCCCAUGCGGACAAUGGCAGCAGCACUUUACUGAAGACCACACGAAGCCUCUGGUCAAGUGGCAAAUAUCUUAUGAAUCCGGAACUGCGAGCCAGACGCAUUGUAAACAUUUCGCAGAAUGCGAAAAUUGAUUUUUGCAAAUCCUUCUGGUUUCUAGCCGAGUCGGAGCUGAUGCACAAGCUGCCCAGCAUUGUGGGCACUGCAAUCAAGGUGAAUCGCAUAAUUGAGCUGCCUGCGGAGCCGUUGCGUUUGCCAGCCCGCGGAGCAGCUGAGGAUCAGUUGCAGUUUGUGGAUAUACCUGUGCCCAGUGCGCAUCUGGGACCCGGUCUUCCAGUCUCGGUGCGUCUUCUAAGCGCCAAGAGACGCUCGGGAAUGCUUGGCGAGGGACGCUAUCGUGGCUGGCGUCGACCGGUAGCGGCAUCGAAAUCCAUACUGUUCCACUGCCAUGGUGGCGGGUUUGUGGCACAGUCAUCCAAAUCGCACGAGCUGUAUCUACGCGAUUGGGCUGUGGCCCUGGAUGUGCCUAUACUUUCGGUGGAUUACAGUCUGGCGCCAGAGGCGCCGUUUCCACGCGCACUUCAGGAAGUCUACUACGCCUACUGCUGGCUGCUCAACAAUGCCGAGCUGCUGGGCACAACAGCGGAACGUGUAAUCUGCGCUGGCGACUCCGCCGGUGCGAAUCUGUCCAUUGGCCUGGCGCUCAAGUGUAUUGAGCAGGGUGUGCGGAUUCCGGAUGGCUUGUUUCUGGCCUAUUGCCCCACGCUGGUCAGCUUUGUGCCCAGCCCGGCACGUCUGCUUUGCCUGAUGGAUCCACUGCUACCAUUUGGCUUCAUGAUGCGAUGCCUUCGUGCCUACGCAGCACCAACGAAUGAAAUGCUCCAGGAGAACGCCAAGCAGGUCGAAGAGUUGCUGCAGAUUCGCAAUGCUCAGGCAUCUGGAGUCGAUGUGGAGAAGCCACCAACACUAAGUCUUAAUUCCAGUCGACGCACCUCAACCGCCAGGAGUCCGCUAACGCCUCUCGAGCCACUUAAUCAGUCAGAUGAUGGGGAUGAAGAGGAGGAGAGUAGCGACACCUUUGCCAGUGCGUCGUAUCACAGUCAGACAGUGGAGCGUACAGACUUGCCAAACACUGAGGGCAGCGACAACAGCUCCUGCGUGUCCUUCGAGGACGACUCGCAGCCCAUCGAACAUUAUCCGAUCGAGAUCUCAGCUGAGACACCCAAAGAUGCCGCAUCAGCUGCCUACAUUGAUAGUUUUCUAGACAAGUAUCUUAUUGACACCGCCACCAUGGAGGCCACAGAAGAGAACACGGCUCAGACCUGCCCAAAAUCCACGCUAUUAAAUGGGCAUGCCAAGAGCAGCUCAGAGGAGAAUAUACUUGUUGAAACGGGACGGGAAAUGAUGGCCAUGGACACGCUGCCUGGUCGCCUGCAGGAGGCAGUUAACAAUAUAAUCAAUCGAUGCACGCAAUCCUACGAGAUACACGGCACCACUGCACCUGGCCAACAGGAUGUACGCAAUAUGGAUGCUUUAAUUGCACGUAGCCCCAGUGAAGAGUUUGCAUUUGACGUGCCCAAAGAUCCGUUUCUAUCACCCUAUUGGGCUAGCGACGAGUGGCUAUCACAGCUGCCAGAGACCAAGAUACUGACGCUGAACAUGGAUCCUUGCCUAGACGACUGCGUUAUGCUUGCCAAGAAGUUGAAACGACUCGGACGCCAAGUAAGCUUGGAGAUACUUGAGGGAUUACCACAUGGUUUUCUCAACUUUACUAUGCUAUCCAAUGAGGCGAUGGAUGGCUCCAAGCACUGCAUCAAAUCGUUGCAGACAUUGCUUCAGGUCUCCACAGACAAUAACGACGAUAGCAUUGGCAACGACGAGACUUCCAGUCCCAGUGCGUGCUCAGCCACAUCGACAGCGCCUUAAAAACAAUUUAUAUUUAUUCCUUUAUAGAAACUAUAUAGUAUAUAUUAAUAUUUAUACACCGUUUGUUACAUGCAAGAAUAACAUGUUGUUAAUUGGGCACAUUUCUUGCUUUUUUUGCAUCUCGAAUAGUUUUUUAUACACUUUUAUAUAAUUGAAUAACACAGUUAGCUAAGCUUUAUAUGUUUUGUAAUGUCAGCUAAAUACGAAAAUAAUUAUCUUAAUAUAUCUAUAUUAUAGAUAGGCUAUAGCUUCUACAUUAAAGUAACAAAAAAAUGCCAAUCGUUCAAGUAUUGAGAGCGUGUAAACACGCUCUAAAAUAUAUUUAUAAACUAAAUUCUAAAUAAUGUAAUCUCAACACUCAUUCAAACUCUGGAUUCUGUGCCUGUUAUGAACGAGUACUUUAAACCCAAUAUAUUUCCAUAUAUAGAUGGGAGUUGAGUUAACUAUACAAAAAAUACUUUAUACUUUGCAAUUGUGAAUCCUUUAAGCUGUGUGAGUCUAGAACUGCAAUAUAUAAUUCGAAUUUUCUGUUUAGUUGUAAUAUGUUAUUAAAUGGUUAUUGCCAUUAAACGAAUAAU